AUUUGAAAAUACAAUCAGUUGUCAGUUGAGCAGCCGGUUGUUGUUGUUAUUUUUUAGAUAUUACUAAAGAAAAUGUCUGCUUUCCACGGCUUUCCCGAAUUACCUGGCCCAGAAGAAACAGCCUUUUGCAAGAUAAACGAGGUUUAUUGCUGUGGGAAUAUUAAAUAUGGAAAUAUUACUACAUUUACAAACACGACGAAAUCUCAUCCAGUGAUAAACGUGGCAAGAGACUUGCACCACCACAGAACCUCUGAUGAAAACAUCAGCAUGUACAUUGAUGUUGAAGACAACUUGCUGAAGAAAAUCACGAGUGUGUUGUACAAAGAAGGAUUUUUAGAGGCUCUCAGUAUGGCAGCUGACCCUAAUGUCAACAGAGAUCAUCCUCUGCUGUCUAUGACAGCAUCAUAUGCAUUGAAAUUAGCCAAUGUGUUUACUACAUUCCGGUACUUUCUACAGCCACAUUUAAAGGAUAUAGGCCCGAAAAUCGUGGCCAAUUAUUCUAGGACGAGAAAUUGGGGUAGUGCACCUAUUAAAUGUUUGGCAUGGCAUCCUCAUACUACGAAAAUAGCUGUAGCAACAUCUGAUGAUAAUGUUAGGGUGUACUACUCUGAAGUUUCAUUUGUGUCCACAUUGAAGUGUAAAGCACAGGGUCAUGUGUGCGCGGUGAGUUGGAGACCAUUCUCGGCAUCGGAGAUUGCCGUGGCGUGUGACCAAGGUGUCAUUGUGUGGACUGUUGACCCAAAUUCUAUGUUCACAAAGCCAUCAUCUAGCAAUUCCAUUUUAUUGAAAAGGUCAGGCCACAGCCCGGUAACAGACAUCAGCUGGUCUCCAAAUGGCGACCUUCUCAUCAGCUGCUGCGGGGCAGACACGUCUAUGCUUGUCUGGGAUGUUGCCAUGGAAACCGCUGUCCCUUUGAGACGGGUUGCUGGUGGUGGGAUAGUGUUCGCGAGGUGGUCAUUUGAUGCGAGCAAAGUUUUUGCCGCAACAUCUUCCAUAAUUUUCAGAGUGUGGGAGACAAAGUGUUGGACGGCGGAGCGGUGGUGCGCGCGCGGCAGCCGCGUGCGCACGGCGAGCUGGGGCGCGCGGGCGCUGCUGUUCGCGGCGGCCGGCGAGCCCGUGCUGUACGCGCUCACCGACACUGGGCUCAUCAACGGAACACAAACAAGCAAAGCGGUGCCAGUUCUGGACACGUCUAAAGUGGAACUUCCAUCGGGCGAUAUAGUGGGUGGUCCCAUCCUGGACAUGUGCUGGGACCCCAGCGGGAAGUACCUAGCGCUGUUGUUCGAGGAGUCCCACCUAAUUGCGAUAUUCUGCACUACGCAACUCAUGAUGCAACUGAAGGUCACGCCUUGUUGUUUCGUCUGCGGCUUAGACAACGAAGUGCCAUCGACAAUGGCGUUCCAGUUGAAUUUCGCAGAAGGCGCGUGUCUGACCAUCGCCUGGUCCAGUGGAAGAGUCCAGCAUUUCCCUAUAGUGUACACUGAUGGAUAUUGACCAGUCAUGGACCUUAAGAAAGAUAUCAUCAGGUGACAGACUGAUAAACUAAAAAUGACUUGAAUCCUCUCAACUCUCACUGUUUUAGUCAACUUUGUAUUUAUAAUUUCUUAGAAAAAAAAAUCAAUUAAUGGCUCAAAAAGCAAUGUUCUUUAAAAUCUAUUAAAGUUUUGACUCGUGAUAUAGGUGUACUGGUUACAUUUUUUUAUAGAUUUUCGUCAACGACGUGGCGUGUAAUAUACAUCUUAAAAGGAUCAAUAUGUGCGGUGUGUAUAUAUUUUUCAUAGUUUUUUAAGACUGCCCUAAAGAAUUGUAAUUUUAAAGGUAAAUAAAGAAGUAACAUUUUAAAUUGUAA